UCGCUGCAGAAGUGAAUGUUGUGAGCUCCCCAUGUGUUGGAUGUUCCCUCCUCCCACUAACAGCUCCGAGCUGCCUCUCCAGGAUCCUCUUUCCCUGCUCACAAUCUCCAGGGACCCAGUGUGGGAAGAACGGAUUUCCGCCCCUUCUCGGACCCACAAGUUUAUUUUCCCUGGUGCUGCCGCUAGCGCCGGGCUGUGAGGCGAUCUGUGGCCAGUGAGCCCGCUGCAAAACCCGCCCUGCCUGCAUUAGUACCCCGCUAGCAUGGAGACGGGGCGAGUCGGAGCCUUUUGGAGGAACCUUGAUUGGACUGUGCAGCGGCCGGACCGGGAAGGAUUUGCUGCUAGUCUCUUGGAAUAACCAUGGACAAAAGGAGAAGCAGCGAUUUGCGCACUGGCGCUGCCUACUGACCCAACUGCCCGCUCCCACUGCCAACUGCGCUGCUACAGGGUAAGGGAAUACUCCCGGCGAUAAAAUCGCUCCUCACCUAAGCGAACGCAGCGCAUGUUACACGCACAGUGAGUUGUCGCUAGUGGCCGCAGCAUAUCUGCUACAAAAAAAGUGUCUUCACCCUGAAUGCUGGAACGGAGGGCUAAGCGUUAUAUAAAGUUGAUUUGCCCUUAGAGCUGACAAUUGAAGCAGUUUGGAAGCUGGGCAAAACGCUACACAGGGAAAGGUGAUGCCCAGAUUUUGGCUUCUUCAGGUGCCAUGGCGAAAGCUGCUUUAGUAGAAGUGCUGGUGCUGCUCACUUGCACCCUGGCCCGGAGUGUGGAGCCCAAGUGCCUGGAGCCGUGUGACUGUCAGCACCAACAACAUGUCCUGUGCUCCAACAGAGGUCUCCUAUCUGUGCCCAAAUCCAGCCACAUGCUCAGCUCAAGUGCAACUAAAACCUUCAGUCUGGGAGGCAACUUUAUUGCCAAUAUCAGUGCCUUGGACUUUGUGCAGUUUCCCCAGCUGCAGAGACUGGACUUACAGUACAAUCGAAUUGGCUCCAUUCAUCCAAAGGCUUUUGAGAAGCUCACUGAGCUUGAAGAGCUGUACCUGGGCAACAAUCUGCUGGCCACCCUUGCCCCCGGUGCCUUGGCCCCCCUUAGGAAGCUUAAGGUUCUCAAUGUAAAUGGGAACCGGCUGCACAAUAUUAGCAGGGUCAGCUUUUCUAAUUUAGCGGCUCUGAUCAAGCUCAGGCUGGAUGGUAAUGACAUCCAGAACUUGCAGGGCUCCCCCUUCUCUGCCCUCAGCAAUCUGUUAUACUUACAUCUGGAGAACAACAAAAUAACCAACAUCAGUAAAAAUGCAUUUACAGGGCUGGGGAAGCUACGCCUGCUAAGUCUGUCUGGGAACCCACAGAGCUUCCUGCGCCAACCUACCUUCCUGCCCCUGCGAGCUCUUAGCACCCUUACAAUGGCUGGAAACCAACUGCAGCAGCUUGGACCCUCUCUGUUUAAUGGAUUACAGAGACUUUCCAGGCUUGUUCUAAGUUCAAACCAAAUUUCAGUGAUACAGACUAAAACUUUUUUGGGACUUGACUUGCUCCAAGAGUUGCAUUUGGAUGGGAACAAACUGGUUCAGCUUCCAGAGGGUGUCCUGGUGCCCCUGCACAAUUUGGAGGUGCUAAAUCUGAGCCGUAAUGCCAUUUCCCAUUUACAUCCAGAAACGUUUAAAGGACUAAUGAGGCUGAGGGUGCUAGAUCUGCAGCAUAACAUGCUGAGAUACCUCUCUGGGCAGACCUUUGCUGGGAAUCCUGUCCUCUAUCGCUUGCAGUUGGAUGGCAAUCGCUGGAGCUGUGACUGCCAGCUUUUGGAUCUUAAGCACUGGAUUCUGGGAACGCUGCACUCUAGGAGCCGCAUGCUUACAGUGUUUGUGCAGUGCUUUGAGCCUCAGAAAGUGGCAGGGAAGUAUUUGGACUAUCUGGAGGACUCAUAUUUAUGGGAUGUUGGAGGCUGUAGGAUAAGCACAACUCCUGCAGGUCAGGAACAGAUGAUGACCAGCACUUUAAGUGAUGGGAAUAUUGGGGUGCACCAGGCUAGAAAAGGAGAUAUAGACCUCAUAGUUGUCACUGGGGCAGAUAACCUUAGAGUGCAACCAAAGACUGAAGAGAAGUCUCUGCAGCUACCUACCCCCCCAUCAGAGGUUUCUCCUGCACUUGAAACAUUGGCAUUAAGGCAACAGGCCUUGGUCACGAAAUGGCCAUCAAGUACAAACAAGGACGGCACUGCUAAAAACCGUGGCUUAGAAACCUCAAGGAAGGGGAAAGGAAAGUCUGUAAAGAAUUCUGCAGAACAUUCACGCAAGCUGCAUCUUGUAGCCCAACCUGUCCAUCCCACACAGAGCAAAGUCAAGCAGGUGAGUGUUCUCAUCCCAGCUUCCAGUAACUUGCCACCUAACUCAGAAUCCAUGCACUCAGAAAAACCUGUCAGAUUGGACACUCCAUCUGUGGUACCAAACUUGGAAGAUGUGAGAUCGGUUUUCACUACAUUGCAACAUGAUGAUACCACUGACAAACCCAUUCACCAUGACAACCCUGCAACUAAGACCUUGCAUCUGAGCCACUCAGACACCUUACUACCUAACUAUAAUUCCUUCCAGCAGGCAGGUGAUCCCAUGCAUCCAGCUGCUGAGACUUUGCCCCAGGUUGCUCCUUUUCCAUCCUUGCUUUCUGACCCAUGUGAGUUCAACAAGUUGUAUUUGGUGAACCUGUCAGUGGAGUCUGUUGGCAGUAGCACAGCCCGGGUCCGCUGGCAGACUUUGAGUGCUCACACCCGAGGGCCUGUUUUAUUCCGAGUGCUGUAUGAGCGCUUUGGGCAGACAGGUCGAUUCCAGCGCUUUGUUUACCCACGUGGUAGGGUAGAAUCCCUAACUCUGCAAGAGCUGACUGGUGACACGCCAUAUCUGGUGUGUGUAGAGAGCAUUAUUGGCGGAAGAGCAUGUCCUAUGGCACCAAGGGACCACUGUGUAGGGCUUGUCACCCUACCAUCAGAAGAUGACCGACCUUUGCUUAAUUACCAAGUGUUGGCUUUAGCUCUGCUUGCUGUCAAUGCCCUGCUGCUUCUCUUGGGCUUGGUGGCUUGGGUAUCCAGGUUGGCUCACAGGAAGUGGGGCCGCAGGAGAGCCCCAGUGCAUGUUCGGCAGAUGUACUCCACCCGACGCCCCUAUAGGUCUGUGGGUACAGGGGUCUCUACUGAUUUCUCAGGUUUUCAGUCUCAUCGUCCCCGGACUACGGUUUGUGCACUGGGUGAAGCAGAUCUUAUUGAGUUUCCUGGCUGUGAUCGCUUUAGGGAAGGUGGCAACAUACACAGGGAAGAUCUGCUUCAGAGAUUUACAGAUUGACCCUUUACAUCAUUCCAUUCAGUGGCCAAAUGGUAACUAACCCAUGAAUUCCUCAUCUCUCUUUGCAUAUGUGAAUUACUGCAGAGUGAUAUGUCCUGGCUUGGAGCUAAGCACCGAUGCUUCAGUUGCGAGAUAAGGAUUUGAUUACUAUCAGGUACAGUGGCACAAUCACCAAUGGGAAGGCACACCCAAUGAUAGAACUCUAGUGUAUUUAGAGUGUUUGAAAAUCUGCUAAUGGAAAUAUGAUCUAAUUAACUAAUUGCAGAAUUAACUCUCCAGUUCAUUGCUGAGGAUGCUGGGAGUUGCAGUGCAGGAUCAACUGGAAAGGCGCUGGCUGAUUGUAUAUAGGAGCAAAACCUGAUGGAGAACAUGAAUUCUGUGUGGUUGCCAAAGCACUGAUGUGGGGAAUUUGCAUCUCAGUGUGACGACUGUCCCAGAUCUCUGUGGCAGCGACCUGAUUUAAUUAACUGCUCUUCAUUUCCAUGGUGAUAUUCUUUAACAUGUCAGUAAAUUGUCCAUAAUUUAUUUCUUGUUUAAAAAUGAUUGAUUUUUUUUACUUAAAGCAAGUGUUGGAAAGGUGCUAACUUUUACUGUCCGUUUGGGCUCCAAAGAAGUGAUGGAACAAGAUGUACUUAACAUGCCAUAAAAUAAACAAAGGAUUCCUCCAAUAACCCCCAAGUGCCUAUUUGCAGGCGUUUUAUGCACAUUUCCUAGGCAAUGUAGAAAUGCGCAAGUCUUUAUGCCUUCAGUGCCUUUGUUUAAUGUGUCUCCAACAAUCAGUGGUUUAUGAGAUUUACAAUGCCCCUCCUGUAAUGUCCCAACAUUUUUAUGUGUACAUGUACAUUUCCCAUGCUGUGUCUGAACUUCAUUACAAGUUGGGUUUUUUUUCAGCAAAAGGGGCAAGCAAUUUUCCUUUGCACUCCUCACUUCCUGGAAAGGGGAAAAUGAUUAGGGCAAUGGACAUGCAUUUCCUGGCCCAUAUAAAAGUAACAUGUGAUAUAUCUUUGUUCUAUAUUGGUGUGGAUUUUUUUUACUUUUGUGAUUGUUAUAUUCUUAUAUGCAAGACAAACUUGAAAAGUUGAAUUCAUUUUUCUAUAAAAAAUAUAAAAUUA